AUGGCCAGGGUUCUUGAAAAGGACUUUACUAUUGAUGAAGCAAGUUCCCUCAUACCAGAAAUUGCAAAAGAGUUUGUUUACAAGCAUGGUACUCAACUUCUUGGGACAGCCAGCACCUGGUUCCUAUUGGAUAUUGGUUUCUAUACUCUCAAUUUAACCCAGAAAGAUGUAUACCCAGCUGCUGGAUUGCUUAAUAAGGCCUCCUCAAUGAAUGCUUUAGAGGAGAUGUACCAUCUCUCCAAGGCAAUGUCCUUAAUCGCGCUUGUUGCAAUUGUUCCUGGUUACUGGUUUACUGUGUUCUUCAUCGAUAGGAUCGGAAGGUUCAUAAUCCAGCUUGGCGGCUUCCUUCUGAUGUCCAUUUUCAUGGCAAUUCUCGGAUUCAAGUAUGGGGAUCUUAGAGGGGAGAAAAAGGCAUGCGGCCCAGAUUCGAAUAAGGAUUUUUUGUGGGUCUUGCUGUGA